GGCAGCAACCACAGUAUCGGAUCACCUCAAUGUGGAACGUGUCGAUUGCGGAUAGAUAUGCGAAAUCCGAGGCUUUUCUUCGCCACCGGCUACCUGGCACAGCCUCACUGAAGCUGCCUCGCCAGGUCGCCCAGAUUCGAAACAUCACCUCAAGUUGCACGAGCUCACCGGUCACGGUGGCGCAGCACCUGCAUAUAAAUGCACUACUCUAAGAAGCUUCAGCGGGCAAGAUAUCUUCAUCCUUUGGAACCUAUAGCAACCCUCUGGAACAGCAAUGGAGUCCCGAGUGAGCACCACUACUCUCGUGGAAGAAUAUGAUUCAGAUGCACCACCAGAUUACCUAGCGAGCAUAUCGGAGAAAGACAAGAAAGAGCUCAUCAGCUCAGAUGCCCACUCCAUCGCCUCAGACACCACCCUCAACGACCCAGGUCAUGGAUUUAAAGCAGCCAAAUCUCUCACCGUUUCGGCAAAGGGCAUCUCGGCCAUCCGCCUUCCCACGCCGUCGUCUCAACUGACGAUUGAUAUAUUCAAUUCGGACGGUUCUCUGGCCUACCGAUCAACUCGCGCGAACAGAUGCUCGGGCAAUUCUCUGUUGUCCGAUUCGCACGGACGACCAGCGCUUGCGACGGAAUACUUCUUCGGCCCAAACAGAGAUCCGGUGAUCCACAUACUGGAUGAAAAUAGUGUUGAGAUUGCAGACACCAAGACGGUAUCUCGAUGGACGUCUCGCUCCCAUACGUUCCUCUUACCCGACGGUCGCGAAUUCACCUGGAAAUAUGUGAAAGAGAGAUUAUUUGCUGGAGAUGCGAAGAAGGUCACGUCGUUGGUGUUGACCUGUGGUGAAAAACGCUUGGCUGUUCUGAGAAGAGACAGCGAAACAAGGACUCCAGGCACCAAGGCUUGUACUGCUGGAAAUGGUGGUGAGCUUUUGCUGUCAGAGGAAGUGGGCUCGAAAGAGGGCGUGAGUGAAGAGGUGGUCGUAGCUACGUGUUUGUUGAUGCUCAAGAAAGAGAUUGAUAGGCGGAGGGCCAUCCAAGCCUUCAUGGUCAUGUCCGUUGCGAGUUCCUAAGGGUUGACAACGUGCAGGUGGAGUGAGGAUAGUCUACCGGUCACUGGCACAUUGCGUCCUCAGACCAUCUCAACGUCGAACUGUUUUGCAUAUCCAUCAUUCUUUUAUAGUUUACAUCUGAGAAUCGACAAUCAACUUUGAAAUCGUCC